GCCGCACGGUACGUUAUGUGUACCUACACACCGUCAUAGUACGCGUACACACAUUUUUUCCAUGCGCGGAGCUACCCGUGCGCACGGCAUUUCUGCACCGGCCGCCGUCUAGCGCUACGCACCGAUCGACCGAAUGUCGUCGUCGUCGUCUUCGUCGUCAAUCGCCGCGGUCACUCAGCCCGGUCCGCUGUCGGACGGACUGUCUUCGUUGGUGUUGUCCAAGAGGUACCUGUCGUGCGCCAGACCGCCGCACGUUUACAAGCUGGAACGCGAGAACGAUCUGCUGGACGGCGGCGGCGGCGGCGCCGGCGGUGGCGGAGAGAUCUGCGAAGACUCUGCUGCGAUCGCCGCCGACUGCAGUUGGCAGCCCGCCGCCUGGGUGCCGCCGCCGACCGCGGUCAACGCCCGCUACGAACCCUCGGACGUGUUCACGCCGCUGGUGUUCGAAGAGAUGCAACCUUCGUCGCCGCCCCAGCCGCAGAUGUCCAUGUGGUUGCGGCCUGUGCAGGAACGUUACAAUCCGCCGCCGCCGCCGCCGCAGCAUCACCACCACCAAGUGCAGUCCGCGUCCGGAGCGGGUAAUGCGCCGCAGCAAAGACGCCCGUUGCAGCACCUGCCGCCUCCGGCACAAUCGUCGCUGCAGCCGCCCGUCAAGACCGAACCGCAACACCAGAACGGCAACAAGCCCGGCGACUUGAGUUGGUUGGUCAACUUUCAGGUGGCGUCCAUAUUCGAACCCACCUGCAACGGCGGUACCGCCGCCGGCGGAGGUGGUGCUGGCGCAGGAGUUAACGUCGCGGACGGCGAGUGGUCGGAGCCCGAGACGUUGAAACAGAAGAAGAAAGUCACCAAAUUAGAUCAGAAACCUUCGUCCAAAAUAAACAGAAAACCAUAUAGAAUGCCACCUUCAAGGUUAGAUAAAGCUAAUAAACCUGGAUACACCUAUACAGAAAUGAUUCAUCAAGCAUUGAUAGAAAAAAAAGAACUACCAGUAGCAGAAAUCUAUCAAUGGAUAUCAAGUCAUUUUCCUUAUUUCCGUGAAGAUGACGAACGUUGGAAGAAUUCUGUACGUCACAAUUUGUCCAUUAAUCCUAAUUUUAGAAAAGGUAGAAAAUCUCAAGGGGCUGGUCAUUAUUGGCGAUUGUGUAACAUCGAAGAAAGUUUGGGCCAACGAGAGUAUUCCACGGCCACCGAAGACGAUACAUCUUCACCACAAGAGUCGUCAGAAUUAGAACAAGCUUGCAAGUAUUUAGAAGGCGAGCUACAACGAGAUAGUUAUGAAGAUGAAAAAAUGAUUCAGAGUAUCAACACAGAAUUAGAAAAUGAAAUAUUUACCAAUUCGUUUUUGAUUUCCAGUCCGUCAAAAUAUGUUAACGAACAAAUCAAUUUAUCAAAUAAUGAUUAUUCAUACAGUGAAAACAUAUUGGAGGAGCCCAUUGACUUCCAAUAUUACAAUUUAUAAAUCUUCCGGCUCAAACUAUUUUGGUUUCCAAAAUUCCAAAUUUUUUUUUACAUAUAUAUUUAAGACUGACCAACAGGUGACCUUUUUAUAAAAUUAAUUUUACUACACGAUUGAUUAAUUCCAUCAAUCCAGACACUCGAAUUUGUUCAGUAUGCGUUUAUGAAGCUUUUUUUAUGUUACCAUUAUGUAAAACCAUUUUUGAUUAUCCUGAUUCUAGUCAAUUAAAUAUUAAUUAAAAUAA